GCCUGAAAAGAUUUUGCUAGAAAUCAAGAUAAGUAAUUUAGAUAUCGAAGUGUCUUCACUUCGUAAGACCGCAUCUAAUUACUCAGAUACAAACUAUUCUGCUCUGCAAACUCAUAUCUCUAGUUCUUCAGGUUUUAGUUCUAUAACGACAAGACAAAUGAUAUGA